AUGCUGUCAAACAUGAUGAGCCGAUUGGCUUUGCCAUUGGCUAUCCUCGCAUUCUUCCUGUCCUUUGCCAACAGUCUUCCUCACGAGGCACGCGAUGCGCUCGUCGCACGCAAGACGACCAACCUCCGCAUCUUACCUCUAGGCGACUCCAUCACCUGGGGCUGGAUUAAUGGCGGCGGUUCGAACGGGUACCGCGAGCGACUACUUGCCGACCUGAAGUCUUCAGGCAACACCGUCGACUUCGUCGGAACGCAAAAGACUGGAACAAUGGCCGACAAGGACAACCAAGGCCACCCUGGUUUUACCAUCUCCCAGAUCCGAGGCGUUGCUGCCCAAGGUUUGGCAUUCAAGCCAAAUGUCGUUCUACUUCAUGCCGGCACCAACGAUUUGAACCGAGGAAACCCCGCUUCAGAGCCGGAUGCUGAUGCGCCGAAGCGACUUGGGCUCUUGCUUGAUGAUGUUCUGAAGGCAGUUCCUAACGCGGUUGUUAUCGUGGCAAAGAUCAUUCCCUCGAAGAAGUCGGGUCUUGCGGCCAGCAUCAAGACUUUCAACAAUGCGCUGCCGGGUAUCGUUGCUGCUCGAGUCAGCAAGGGAUCAAAGGUUUCGAUCGUCGAUAUGAAUGUUCUCAGCUUGAGCGAGUUGAGCGAUGACUUGCAUCCAAACGCUGCUGGCUACUCGCGCAUGGGCGACAUCUGGAAUGCGGGUAUUAAGGCUGUGGCCGAUUCGAUUCCUGCGCCUGCUUAG